AUGUCCUCGUUUGGUACAUUGUUCAAGGUGACUACUUAUGGUGAAUCUCACUGUAAAUCAGUGGGAUGUAUUGUUGACGGUGUUCCACCGGGUCUUGAGCUGACCGAGGAUGACAUUCAACCUCAGCUUACAAGAAGAAGACCUGGUCAAUCAAAGCUCACAACUCCAAGAAACGAAAAGGACAGGGUGUUCAUUCAAAGUGGUACCGAGAAGGGUAAAACCCUAGGUACUCCAAUUGGUAUGCUUGUGGCUAACGAGGAUCAGAGACCACACGAUUAUUCUGAAACUGAUCUCUACCCAAGACCUUCACAUGCGGACUACACCUAUUUGUGCAAAUAUGGUAUCAAGGCCGCAUCUGGUGGUGGUCGUUCUUCAGCAAGAGAAACCAUUGGUAGAGUCGCUGCUGGUGCGAUUGCUGAGAAGUUCUUGAAGAAGGCCAACAACGUUGAGAUUGUUGCGUUUGUCUCCCAAGUUGGUUCUGUGAAGAUCAACAGAGACGCACAGGAUCCAAAAUUCAUUGAGCUUUUGAACACAGUUACCAGAGAACAGGUAGACGCUGCUGGCCCAAUCCGUUGUCCAGACCCAACUGUUGCUGAUGCCAUGACCAAGGCAGUUGAAGACGCUAGAGAUUCAAAGGAUUCCAUCGGUGGUGUUGUCACAUGUGUAAUUCGUAACGUUCCUAUCGGUCUUGGUGAGCCAGUCUUUGACAAGCUUGAAGCGCAAUUGGCACACGCUAUGCUGUCCCUCCCAGCCACAAAGGGUUUUGAGAUCGGUUCCGGCUUUGCUGGUGUCGAAAUCCCAGGAUCCAAGCACAACGACGCCUUCUACUUUGACGAAGAGACAAACAGAUUGAGAACAAAGACUAACAACUCCGGUGGUAUCCAAGGUGGUAUCUCCAACGGUGAAAACAUCUACUUCUCUGUUGCCUUUAAAUCUGUGGCAACAAUCUCCAAGGAACAAGCCACUGCAACCUAUGAUGGUAAGAAAGGUGUGCUUGCUGCCAGAGGCCGUCAUGACCCAAAUGUCACUCCAAGAGCCAUCCCAAUCGUCGAGGCCAUGGCUGCUCUUGUCCUUGCUGACAACUUGUUGAUUCAAAAGUCCAGAGAUGCUGCUCAUGCCAUCGUUGCCUGA